CCGGCAUCCUCUCCUCCUACAAGUUGAAGAGCUAGCCGCACUCAUCUCCGCUGCCACUCCAUUCUUGCCACCACAGAGUCGUCAGGCAAGCGCGCCGCCCAUACGUCCAUGGAGAGGUCAAGGUCCUACUCAGAGAAGAGCAGCAGCACCACCACCACCCCGGCCGGCGCCGUCACCGAGCUGAGGUGCUACAGUGCCUCCUACGCCACACCCAAGAAGGCAGCGGGCACCACCAGCUGGCCUCCUUGUACUACAGCUUCUUCCUCGACGUCGGCAGCGGCGGCCGGCUCGAAGGCGAGGUCGUGGAGCGGCAGCUUCCGUAGCGCCCCGGCGGAGCUGCGGAGGAAGAGGAGGGUGGCCGGGUACAGGGUGUACGGCGUGGAGGGGAAGAUGAAGGUGUCGCUCAAGAACGGCGUGAGGUGGCUCAAGGGCAAGUGCACCCAGGUGGUGGACGGCAUUUGGUGAACCCACCGAAGGGCAGAUCAGUCGGCUUAUUCUCUUUUCUGCCUGGUGAUCCUUGCCGUGAUCCAAGAGGUGUCAGAACGUGAGUACGGUCGCAAUCUUCCUUUUCUGAGCUCUGGCGUGGUGUUUUUCCUCACUUUUUAGUAAGAACACAAGUGGAAGGUUGCAAAAAAGAAGGGUAA